GGUGACUCCUCACUCCACCCACUCCAUUCACUGCAAUACAUAGUAUAUGAGAUACUUAUUGGCUUGUAGAAUAAAAAUGUUACUACCUGUCUCAUAAACUGGGGUGGAAAAUACUCAGUCAGGUCUCUACUAAACAAAUACGGAUAGUUUUGGAGGGGGGCUGUGGUACAUAUCCAGCAACACAGCUUUAAAUGACCUGGUACUAUCCAUGGACCUGAAAUCAAUACCUUUUUACACACUCAACUAAAAAACAACCACACAAAAGGCAAACUUUUUUUUUUGUGUGUGUACUGCUGGCAGAAUUGUACUGUGCUGUUGCCUGAACAUAAGACCAUGGAUGAUAGAGAGAAGACACAACCGAAUCUGGACACAUCUGUGAAGAAGAUUACACGUCCAAGUAACACUUCAAACAACCAGCAACAAACUCCUGACCAAUCUCCAGGAUCUGAUGCCAAGGUGACACACACACUCUGUCAUUUAACACUUACAUCUCUUCUGUCACAGAAAGAAGCACACGAUGAAAGCCAUUCCUUCCGAUACCGCUUCGAAUACAAACAAUACAGAGUUACAUGCCAUACUCAUGGAACGGUCCUGGGUGCACUGCGAACAAGCCCGGAGUUCGAGAACAUGACAAAGAAAAAACAGGGGAUGGAAAUUGUCAUCCAAAGAGAAAAAGAGCGAAGGGCAGCUGUCAGUACACAUUUCCCCUGCCAUUUAAUUGAUAACGAUGAGCUAGUGACAGUCAGCUUCAUCAAAGUUCCAAACGGCAGUUCUCCAGAUACCCAGAGCCUUUACAAACAGAGUAACCCCCGCAAAAAAAUACAACCUGACAAGUUAAUGACUUUCUGUGUUGAAACUCAGGGUGGACAAAAUAUUAAAACGAAAGUAAUGAAAAACCCAGAGCUAAGGAAGAAAGUGAAGUAUGUCUGUGUGUACGGAUACAAAGGGGAAAAGGUGAAGCAAGCCUUGAGGAGAGAUGGGCGAUUUGAUAAAACCAUCUUGAAAACACGCUGUGUUCUUUCUGAGCCAGAGACGAGUGUCAACACAGAGAUGUCCCAGACAGUUGAUGGUCUUGAUGGGAAAAGUCAUCAAGGUCGUGAAGGUGAAAUGUUGGUUGUGAAGGUAAAACGUAUCGGUCGUGUAUCUCAGCCACAGCCAGAUAGUCUUGAGGAUUGGGACAACACACCAACUGAAGAGCUGUCCGUCCCCCCUGGUGGAACAUCGGAAGCAGCUCUCUCUCCUCAGAAUCCUACCACAACAGACACAGUUCAAACACAGUUGCAGUCAAAGGAGGCAGGAAAAGAUGGUAGUUCUCUGGUGGUGAAGCAAAAACGGCAAGAGAUUCCAAACUCUAAAGAGAUCCUAAACAUCCUGCCUUCCCAAUAUGCAGGCUUGGAAGAUCACUUGAAAGAGAGAGAGAAUUUGAAAAAGCCUUCAGACGUGCAACAAUUCUUAAGAGUAGAGUUUGGAAAGAAAACACAGAGCUUCCAAGAGGUGAAGAAAGUGAAGAGACUAAUGGAGCUGAGUGCUUCUGUUUGUCAGGUGAGAAUUGAAGGGACAGCAAAAGGAACUGGCUUCCUUCUGUUUGACAAGUUCAUCCUUACAAACGCCCAUGUUGUCCAGGAAAUCUAUGAGCCGAUAACUAACACGCUGCAACAAUCUGUAAAAGUCACGUUUGACUUUGAAGACCUGGGUGAGAAAACGCAGCAGAUACCAGUGCAAAGUGAGGUUGUAGCCUAUGGAAAAGAUGAUUCUGGGAAUGUUGACUUUGCUUUGCUGGAGCUUAGCUCAGAUCCUGACAUCACCUUGCCUUUAAGCUUGCUGGACACCUUCAGCUUUCCGUCUCCAGAUGGUGGAAUCUUCAUCAUCGGUCACCCCGAGGGCGGGGUGAAAAAGACAGACCCCUGCUUUAUCAUUCAACGUGGAGAUUUUGAACAAGCUGUAGAAAAACAUUUAACAGAAAAUAAGGAAUUUCUUCAUGUCAUAAAGAGAAGAUGUUUAGAGGAGAAAUGGGACAUCACACAUCUACCGAGGGACACAAAAAAGAUUAUUUAUGACAGCUGUUUAUUCCACGGUGCCUCUGGCUCUCCAGUUUUCAAUGAGUACUGCCAGCUGAUAGCUAUGCAUACAGGAGGCUACUCCUACCCGGGUGAAGGACAGAAAACCCAGAGUAUCAAAGAGUAUGCUAUUCCCCUGUCAGACAUACUUGAGGAGAUCAUCAUCCAAGCGGUGCGUAGGAAACGAGUUGAUGUGCUACAGGGAUUCCUGAGCCACAGGAGUCAGAAAUUAGACGUGGUGAUGGAAAGAGUCAAGACACAGUCUGAUAAAGCCAGCCUGGUCAAGGCCUUUCAGGAGAAGCUGCCGUUCGACAGUAACACUUCAGCUACAGAUCAGGGAGAGCAGAGAACCUUCCACCAGUUCCUCUUUGAUAAAGGCGACGCCACAGGGGUCGACGCCACAGGGGUCGACGUCACAGGGGUCGACGCCAUGGAGGUGGAUGAUAUCUAUGACAUGAAAAAGUGCCCAGUUGUCAUAUUUGAGUAAAAGUAAAGAUACCUUAAUAGCAAGUGACUCAAGUAAAAGUAGCCCAGUAAAAUACUUCUUGAGUAAAAGUCUAAAACUAUUUAGUAUAAAAUAUACUUAAAUAUCAAAAGAAAAUGUAAUUGCUAAAAUAUACUUAAGUAUCAAAAGUAAAAGUGUAAAUCAUUUCAAAUUACUUACGUUAAGCAAAGCAGACGGCACCAUUUUCUUGUUUUUAAAAUGUAUGGAAAGCCAGGAGGGACACUCCAACACUCAGACAUCAUUACAGAUAGCCAGGAGGGACACUCCAACACUCAGACAUCAUUACAGAUAGCCAGGGGUACACUCCAACACUCAGACAUCAUUACAGAUAGCCAGGAGGCACACUCCAACACUCAGACAUUAUUACAGAUAGCCAGGGGGCACACUCCAACACUCAGACAUCAUUACAGAU